UCUUCUAAAAUUAACCAAAAGCCUUCUCCCUCUCUCAUUACCUUUGGCUUUCCAAUUUCCAUCAUCAUCACCAUCAUAAUCAUCUCUUUCGCCCUCGAGUCUAAAUCUGAAAAGCAGCCCUUUCUCUUUCUUCCUAUAUGGUUUCUUGAAUAUCUCCUGAAUAUAUGAGAGAGAACUAGUGAAAUUAGCUAAAGCUGGUCAAAGGAAGCAAUUAAAGUUUCUGCUUGUGAUAAGGCCAAUACAACACAUGGUCCUUAAUUUCUGCUCAAGUCUUCAUUUCCUCGAGCCUCCGUCAAUCAUUGUGAGGUAAAGUUGAAUCACCGUUAAUGUGAAUCAUGGAAACUGCUGAAGUUGAAGAAAUUUUGCUCUUAAUUGGGGAACCAAAGUUGCAUGGAGGGAUGUGUAAGAGUUUAUCAGCAAUUUAUGCUAAAGUAUUGGGGAUAUUUCCUGACUUGGAAGCAGCAAGGCCAAGAAGUACAUCAGGCAUUCAAGCAUUGUGUGCAUUGCACAUUGCCCUUGAGAAGACGAAGAAUAUUCUUCAACACUGUGCAGAGUGUAGUAAACUUUACUUGGCUAUAACUGGUGACUCUGUUGUUCUAAAGUUCGAAAAGGCAAGAUGCGCUCUUGAAGAUGGUCUGAGGCGUGUCGAAGAUAUUGUUCCACAAGCUAUUGGUUCACAGAUUUCAGAAAUUUUGAUUGAUCUUAUGGGGAUUGAAUUCUCACUUGAUUCGAUGGAGAAACAAGUUGGUGAUGAGAUAAUUGCAUUGCUCCAGCAAGGUAGAAAAUUCAACAACUCUAACGACACUGGUGAACUUGAAUCUUUUCACCAGGCUGCUUCUAGACUUGGUAUCACAUCUUCCAGAGCUGCACUUAGAGAGAGACGGGCUUUGAAGAAACUUAUAGACAGAGCUCGUGCUGAGGAAGACAAAAGAAAGGAAUCAAUUGUGGCUUAUCUUUUGCAUCUAAUGAGAAAAUACUCAAAAUUAUUUAGAAAUGAAUUUUCGGAUGAUAAUGACUCACAGGGUUCUACACCUUGUUCUCCAACUGUUCAAGGAUCAUUUGAGGAUGGUAGUGGGCCUGGAAUUAAUGGCCAUGCCUUUGACAGACAACUCUCAAAACUCAGCUCUUUUAACUUCAAGCCAAACUUCAGGAGAUCUGGGCAGAUUCCUGUCCCUCCUGAAGAAUUAAGGUGCCCAAUAUCAUUGCAACUCAUGUAUGAUCCUGUAAUUAUUGCUUCUGGACAGACGUAUGAAAGAAUCUGCAUAGAGAAGUGGUUCAGCGAUGGGCACAAGACAUGCCCAAAAACUCAGCAGCAGCUGUGUCAUCUUGGAUUGACUCCAAAUUACUGUGUAAAGGGUCUAGUUGCUAGUUGGUGUGAACAGAAUGGAGUUCCUGUUCCAGAUGGCCCUCCCGAGUCUCUUGAUCUGAACUACUGGAGAUUGGCUCUGUCAGACAGUGAUACUGCAAAAUCAAAAUUAACCGAUAAUGUUGGGUACUUCAAGUUCAAGGGUGUGAAGGUGGUACCCUUGGAGGAUAGUGGUGUUAUUGAGGAAGCUGAAGGAAAUGAAGUUGAAGAUGUUUCUCCACAGGAGCAUGAAUGUGGGGUCAAUUUAUUCGAAAGGUAUAAAGACUUUUUGGUCAUCUUAGAAAAAGAAGACAACAUAACAAAACAGUGCAAAGUGGUAGAACAGAUAAGGCACUUGCUAAAGGAUGAUGAAGAAGCCAGAAUAUACAUGGGGGCAAAUGGUUUUGUUGAAGCAUUAUUGCGGUUUUUGGACUCGGCCUUGCAAGCAAGGAAUGAGACAGCUCAGGAAGUUGGAACCAUGGCUCUUUUCAAUCUGGCUGUGAAUAAUAACAGAAACAAGGACUUGAUGCUGGAAGGAAAAGUGCUUGAAUUGCUGGGGAAGAUGAUCGUUAAUCGCAAAUGUGCUGGAGCUGCAACAGCCCUUUACCUUAACCUGUCCUGCCUUGAAGAGGCCAAGCCCAUUAUUGGAUCCAGUGAAGCUGUCCCUUUCUUGAUUCAGGUUCUUCAGCAUCAACCUGAUGUACAAUGUAGGCUUGAUUCGCUCCAUGCCCUUUAUAAUCUUUCUGGCCACCAAGCCAAUAUUCCCCCCCUUCUAUCAGCUGGUGUCAUUGACAGUUUGCAAGCCCUUAUCACAAAUUCGGGUGACCAUUCUUGGACAGAGAAAUCCAUUGCGGUUGUCAUAAACUUGGCUGCAAGUAGAUCAGCGCGUGAGGAAAUCAUAUCUUCUUCUGGCCUUGUCAGUGGGCUUGCUACUAUUUUGGAUGUUGGUGAACCUGUUGAGCAGGAGCAAGCUGCUGCAUGUCUUUUAAUACUAUGCAAUGGCAAUGAGAAGUGCAGUCAAAUGGUCCUUCAAGAAGGAGUGAUUCCUUCUUUGGUUUGCAUUUCUGUGAAUGGGACGACGAGAGGAAAACAGAAAGCUCAGAAGCUCUUAAUGUUGUUUCGUGAGCAGAGGCAGCGGGAGCCAUCCGCUGUCCAGGCUGCGCUGCAGCCUGAAUGUAGUGAGAUUCCCGUAACCACAGAAGAUGCAAAACCACUAUGCAAAUCAGUUUCCAGAAGAAAAGUGGGAAGAGCCUGGAGUUUUUGGUGGAAGAACAAGAGUUUUUCUGUAUACCAGUGUUAAGAGACUCUUCUUAGUUCCUUUGCUGACAAUCUUGUACAUUAAAUCACGCAUCUCUCCUUUGUAUUAAUUAGUUCUGUCCUAUUCAAUAGGCAUCGUGUUUUCCAGUUUCCUGUUUCCCACAGAAGAUAUGUACAGGUUCCUGUAAGGCUAUAGCCACUAAAUUUUGCUUGCUUUAUCUUCCUGAUAGAAUAGCGUACAACUACCCAAAAGUGAGCCCUUAGUUGAAGUUUUAAAAGUGAAUCUCCUGGUACUUAAAGAACGGGAGUUUG